AUGGAUCUUGAGUUCGAUGAUUCAGAGUUUAUGCAUCCCACUAGAACCAAAAAACAAGAUAGGGAUGAGAUCCGUAAAGACUUUAUCAAUCUCGUGGACUGUAUGUUGGCUUUGCAAAGGAACGAGCCCUUGAACAGAUUCUCCAUCAAGUGUAAAGACGACGUUGGCUCAGCUCCUGUCAUUGAUUGGAUAAACAAAGUCUUGAAUCUCGAUGUGUCCGAACUUGCUCUCCACAUCUCUUCGCAUUGGGAUUGGCGUCUGUCUUCAAAGGUUGUUGUGAGCGAGACAAUGGUUCAAGAAUUUUGGGAAGCUUGCUCUGUAGUAUCUAGCAGAAGCCUCAAGAGACUAACGCUUCGUCUCCAGCAAAGACUCGAUGGGAAUCACAAGAGCGUCUCGUUUGACACACCUAAUCUCGUCUACUUUGAGUAUUCAGACACUAUUGCAGACCAGUAUCCGGUAGUGAAGUUUGAUUCGCUCGUUGAAGCUAGCCUCGAUCUUCGGAUGACACAUGAGCAGAUCCGCAAGGCAAAGUUCUCGAACGAUUACUUCUUCAAACCGGACGAGGAGACGAUGGUUGGUAAUGCGACGGAUCUUGUUAUGGGAAUCUGCAAUGUCAAGACUCUUUACUUAUCUGACAACACUCUUGAGGUACUCACUUUCUGUUGUGAGUCAAUGCCGACAUUCGACAAUCUGCUUCAGUUAACUAUCAAGACCGACCGAGAAGUAGGCUGGGAAUCAUUGCUGGUUCUACUCAAGAACUCUCCAAAUCUUGAAACUCUUGUCUUCCAAGGACUUCUCCACAGAGAAGGAAAGAAAUGUGGAAGUGAGGAGUGUUUGUGCAAACCCUGGGAGGAGGAAGGCAUUCCUACUUGCCUAUCUUCAAGUCCUGUGAAAGUUUUAAAGAUAUUGAAGUUUGGAGACUGUGAAGAUGAGGACAUGGGCAAAGAGAUGGAGCAGGUGCAGUACUUUCUUCAGACAAUGCCAAAUCUUGAAGAGCUCAUAAUACACUACGAAACUUCAGCUGACGAAGAUGUGGAUGAAGUGUUUAGCGAGCUUGAGAUGGUUCCUAGAGAUGGUUUAACCAAGUGCAAGAUUCAAGUAUUCCCUGAUAGCUUCAACCUGUCAACUUCUUAA